AUGGCUUCCAAGAGGUCGUGCGACUCCAAUGACCCCACUGUGGCUACACCACUGCGGGUAGCAUCCCCACUGAAAUUGAGAAGAUGUCAUGCCCUGUGGAGAGAGAGAGAGAGAGACAGAGAAGGGCGGAGAGAUUUCAGAGAAGGAGGGAAAGGGGCUUGGGCUGGCUGCAUGGAGAAGAGAGAGACAGGUGGCGCUGGGUGGGGCGAUGGGAGGCUCGCCGACAUGUUGAAAAUGGACUUUGGCUGUGUUUCUAAAUGGACCACAGCAAGAACACGGCAACAUGAACUGUGUUGGAUGUUUAACAAAUUAACAAGCCUAGCAAGAGAGAAAAACCCCACAAAAACAACAGUAAACCAUAAACCCUCAGCAAAGGUGGACAAGGAAGACAGUCGGAGACAAGAACACCAGUCAGAGGGGCGAGACUGA